CGGAGGAAGGCGGCGGCGGCGGCGGCGGCGGCGGCGGCUCGGCCCGGAGUCCCCGCUCCCGCGCCAUUUCGGACCCGGAGCGAGCGUGGCGCGGGCCUGAAGGCGGCGGCGGCGGGAGCCUGAGGCGCGGCGGCUCCGCGGCGCGGAGAGAGGCCUGCUGAAAAUGACUGAGUAUAAACUUGUGGUAGUUGGAGCUGGUGGCGUAGGCAAGAGUGCCUUGACGAUACAGCUAAUUCAGAAUCACUUUGUGGAUGAAUAUGAUCCUACGAUAGAGGAUUCCUACAGGAAACAAGUAGUAAUUGAUGGAGAAACCUGUCUCUUGGAUAUUCUCGACACAGCAGGUCAAGAGGAGUACAGUGCAAUGAGGGACCAGUACAUGAGGACUGGGGAGGGCUUUCUUUGUGUAUUUGCCAUAAAUAAUACUAAAUCAUUUGAAGAUAUUCACCAUUAUAGAGAACAAAUUAAAAGAGUAAAAGACUCUGAAGAUGUGCCUAUGGUCCUCGUAGGGAAUAAAUGUGAUUUGCCUUCUAGAACAGUAGACACAAAACAGGCUCAGGACUUAGCAAGAAGUUAUGGGAUUCCAUUUAUUGAAACCUCAGCAAAGACAAGACAGAGAGUGGAGGAUGCUUUUUAUACAUUGGUGAGAGAGAUCCGACAGUACAGAUUGAAAAAAAUCAGCAAAGAAGAAAAGACUCCUGGCUGUGUGAAAAUUAAAAAAUGCAUUAUAAUGGGUGUUGAUGAUGCCUUCUAUACAUUAGUCCGAGAAAUUCGAAAACAUAAAGAAAAGAUGAGCAAAGAUGGUAAAAAGAAGAAAAAGAAGUCAAAGACAAAGUGUAUAAUUAUGUAAAUACAAUUUGUACUUUUUUCUUAAGGCAUACUUAAGUAAAAGUGGUAAUUUUUGUACAUUACACUAAAUUAUUAGCAUUUGUUUUAGCAUUACCUAAUUUUUUUUUUCUGUUCGUGCAAACUGUUAGCUUUUAUCUUAAAUGCUUAUUUUAAAAUGACAGUGGAAACCUCUUUUCUCUAAGUGCCAGUAUUCCCUGGGUUUUGGACUUAAACUAGCAAUGCCUGUGGAAGAGACUGAAGACCUGAGACUCUGUCUUAGGGUUUUGGUGCAUGCAGUUGAUUCCUUGCUAAUUCUCUUACCAGCUGUGAGCGUUGGUGUGAACUGGAGUAAUGAAGCUUUUGAACCAUCCCUGCUCUGUGUUUCAUCUAGUCACUGAAUGAAUUAAUUAGUAAUUACAGCUUCAUCUGAAACCUUAUGGUUGGUUCUACUAAGACUGAGGGAUCACAGAUUUAUGGGCUUCCCUUUGAUUCACUUCUAGCAUGUCUGAGAGUUUAUCAUCCUUCAUAGUGUAGUUAGUUAAGACUGUUCACAAAGGCUUUCUCUUGCUUUCCACUGCUAUUAGUCAUGGUUACUCUCCCAAAUAGUAUAUUUUUUCUAGAAAAGGGGAAAAAUGGAAAAAAAAAAGCAAUGGAAAAUAUUGAAUAAAAGUCCAUUCUAUGUUAGCUAAAUUACUGUAAUAUUCCUAGUAGCUUUUCCUGGUAAGGCAGACCCAGUAAGAAAUAGUAACCAUUUGGGCUAUAUUUACAUGCUACUAAAUUUUUGUAAUUCAAACAAUUUUAACACAUAUAAAAAGUUCUCAUAAGAAUUAGUAUAAUCGCCCUGUGUCAGAGUGUUCUUUCUUAGCCUAACUAUUUUAAGUCUUUUUUGAGCUUUAGUCCUUAAAAGUAGUUUUAAUUUUGGUUAAGAAGUUGAAGAUGAUUUGAGACAGUUACAGCUUAGCAGGUGUUGAGAUCAAAGUUGCAAGGCUGGGCUUUAUGUGGACCUGUGAUGAGCGUUACUGGGGUUUAUAGUGCUGCUGCAUUCAGUGUUGGUCAAAAUGGGGGACAAGGAGAGUUUGGACAGCUCAGUACAAUUCAUUCUCUUCAUGUAGCAGUCUUGCUGACAAAUCAAGAAUGUUUCUUUUGUUUAUGAUAAUAAUAAUAAUAAAAUUUAAAAAUCAAUUUCAGUGUUAGCUUCAAGGUUGAGAUUUGUGAGUAGGAGGCUACAAGGAGAGUAAAUCUUUAAAACAAUGAAGUAUGAAAGCUUGAAAAUGCAUGGUUGACUAGUCUCUCAACUCUGAACAAACAUUGCUAAGUACUUCCCAAAUUUGAUGUGUAUUUAGAAAUAUCUAAUGCUUUAAGAAUAGAUAAGUUAACAGCAAAAAACAAUCCCUUCAAUGCACUUAAAGCAUUCCUUUAAAUAUUUGAAGUGAUAUUAAAAUCCACUGGACUAUGAGGACUGGAUGCCUGUCUUUUGGAAGUCUGAUUUUAGGCAUAUCACUGUCUACUUAAUAUUAAAUCAUCUCAAAGACUCUUCACAGAUGUGUAAUUUAUAGUCCGUUUACACACUGAUACACCGAGUUGUCAAACUCAGCACAAUCUGUAACUUUUUUACAUGAAUUAUCAUCUUCACUGCCAAAUUAUGCAAAAUUGUGCAAGAGGUAAAGUUUAUAUUUCAGGAUCCAUUCUCCAAUUUCAGGACUCCCCACCAACAUAUGCCCCUUUUAAUACUUAAAAUUUUAUUUCUGCAGUGAACAACUACAUGAAAGUUGCCCACUAAGGGAAGGUACAUCAAAGCUGCCUAUGACUUUCUUCCCCAGGGCUUAAAAUAAUCCAACAGAAACCAUAGUGGGAUUUGAACUAAUAGCUGGCUUUCAGGUGGCCACUACAGAAAUUUAAUCUUGAUCCUUUGGACUUCAUGCCUGCAGCCCAGUCCACUCGUGGCUAGGUAGGAAUUUUCAAAUUUAGUGUGAACAGACAGAACACUGUGGAAGGAGAGCUUAAUCUUCAUCUAGGUAUCAUCCUGGUUCAUAGAGUCCAUUGUUUUAAUAAAUACAGUCUAACAGGGAAAACACUUUCAAGUUUCAAUCAUAAAAUUCAUUUUUAAAGUCAGAAUUUAUUUACUCAGCAUUUAUUCGUGCUUGUCUUAUGCUAGGCACACACAAGGUACUGGGGAUGUGAUGUAGUAUCCCCAGAGAAGGGACACAAUCCUUGGCCAGUGGUAUGUAGUGUAGGCUGUAAUACUUUAGUAAGGUGUAUGGCUCAUGACCUAGAAAUAAUAGAAUACAUGGUUUUAGUUUUACAGAGAGGAGUUUGGUCUCUUACAUUUUUCUCUCAAUUAAGCAAUUGAGAAUUGUUUGUUGUGAUUCCAAUGCAACUCUUUAAUUGAGCUACUUUAUGUAAUUAUUUCAUUUUUCUAAAGAAAUAGAAAUUCCCUAAUCUAGUUAUCUCCUUAAGUAAAUAAUUAAAAAAAACUUACAAAAAUUAAAUACUGACUUCUAAAAUAGCUUUAUUUGGGUACAAAUAAGCAGGAACCUGAGUUUAUUUGCAAUAAAGGAAACAAAAUCAGUAUGAUUUCUGAAAUGUUCUAAACUAUAAAUGUUGACUAUUAAGUCUUUUUUUUGGGAGGGGGUUGGCAUCCAAGACAGGGCUUCUCUGUGUAGCCCUGUCGUGGAACUUGCUUUGUAGACCAGGCUGGACAGAGAUUAGCCUGCCUCUGCAUCCUGAGUGCUAGGAUUAAAGGUGUGCACCACCACCGCCAGGAUAUAAGUCUUAACACAGUAAUACUAUACAAGGAGCAGGUGUGCUUUCGGAGCUGCAGUGCAUAGUCAGAUAUUUACUGAAGACAGUGGAAUUCUUAAUGUUUCUGGGCAAUGUGUUGAAGUAAUGGUAAUUACCAUUAUGUAAAUUUUGAAUUGUUAGCCUUCGUUAACAAAAAGGUUUUGUAGAGAUUUUUUUUUAAAGGGGAAAAAAGUCCUAGAAACAAACAUAAAUGCUGUCUAGUUACUAUAGCCUUAAGUCCUUUUGAAAUUGAAAACCAGUGCUAAAUCAGUCAUAGGCAUGAACAUGUUUGUGGGGAGAAUAUAGCAGACAAGUACAACUUGAGUCAAUAUUUUCAAUCAGGAAUCUAGGCUCUAUUGACUGAGUCACACUGCAUAAGAAUUUAGAUCCUAACUUUUUUUUUUUUUUUUUUUUGGUUUUUCGAGACAGGGUUUCUCUGUGUAGCUUUGCGCCUUUCCUGGAACUCGCUUUGGAGACCAGGCUGGCCUCGAACUCACAGAGAUCCUCCUGGCUCUGCCUCCCGAGUGCUGGGAUUAAAGGCGUGCGCCACCACCGCCCGACUUAGAUCCUAACUUUUAUAGAUUAAGACCUUUGCCACCAUUGCACAAUUUCAUCUAACAUACAUACAAGUUCUGUGAGGCAUGUCAAAAGUUACAGUUUGCACAAAUUCAUCUCAUUUUGUAUUCCACUGAUUUUCCAUUAUUUUUCCCCAAACAGUAGUAUAUAUUUAGGAGGGGUUUUUGUAGGCAAUAAAAAUUUAAACUCCAUUUGUUAAAAAGUAAUGACUUCUUGAUAAUUGAUUGUAUAGUCAUUUUUUAAGACCCAAGAGUUACUUUAAAGGUGAAUUUAUACUUAAUAACUUCUGUGUGAUACUGGGUAGCAUGAAUUCUGCACUGAAAAAUUGAACAGAUACACCCAGUAGCUGUAAAAUUUGUCAAAACAUGAAAAUUAUUUCUAAAGAAGUACAUUAGUUUUCAAAGAAUAGCUAUUAAUUAGAUUCAGAUUUGUGGUUUAGUUUAAUAGUUUGAAGUGCCUGUUUGGGAUGGUGGUAGGCAUUUUAGAUGAAUUUGGGAAAAAUAAAGUUCUCCGCAGAAAUGCCAGUUUCAGACCCACCCACCCCCAACCAGCUAAGUGGGCUAUAUGCUGAUUUGUCUCCAGGUCCCCAGUUCCACUGUCUCAUGUCUUCAUGUUGAAAACACCUCUGCAUUUUUAUUUGAGUGCCAAUUUCUUACUAGUGCUAUUUCCUGAUGUAACAUGUUUACCUGGAAUGUAUUUGAACUAUUUUUGUAUAGUGUAAACUGAAACAUGCACAUUUUGUACAUUGUGCUUCCUUUUCCUUCUUUCCUUCCCUUUUUCCUUCCCCCCUUUUUUUUUUUUUUUUUUUUUUUUUUUUUUGUGUGUGUGUGUGUGUGUGGUGGGGGCAUAUGCAGUGUGAUCCAGUUGUUUUCCAUCCUUUGGUUGUGCUGACCUAGGGAAUGUUGGUCAUAUCAAACAUUAAAUUUAAAAAUGACCACUCUUUUAAUUAAAAUUAACUUUUAAAUGUUUAUAGGAGUACGUGCUGUGAAGUGAUCUGAAAUUUGUAAUAUUUUUGUCAUGAACCGUACUGCUCCUAAUCAUUGUAAUGUAAUAAAAAUAGUUAUGGUGACUA